AUGGCUUCUCGUAACAUCAAAAUCCACGAACACUGUACUGUUGCUCCUCCCUCUGCAUCCCAAAUAUCCCUCCCUCUCACCUUCUUUGACCUGUUCUGGCUCAGGUUCCACCCUGUGGAACGCAUCUUCUUCUACACCCUCCCUACACCUCAUUCACACCCACCCAUUUUCUACACCCAAGUUGUUCCAAAGCUCAAAACUUCCCUCUCUCACACCCUCCAAUACUUCUCCCCUCUUGCCGGCAACGUUGUGUGGCCCAACGGUUCUUCCAGCCCCGUCGUUCAGUACACCCCUGGCGACGCCGUUUCACUGGUCCUUGCAGAAUCCGAAUCCGAUUUCGACCACAUGUUGGACAACGCACCCAAAGAAGCGUCAGAGUCACGUUGUUUGGUGCCCCACUUGGAAUCCUCGGAUUCUCAUGCCUCUGUUGUCGCUCUCCAAAUUACUCUAUUCCCUAACAGAGGGUUCGCCAUAGGAACCACCACCCAUCACGCAGUCCUUGACGGAAAAACUUCAACUGCUUUCAUCAAAACUUGGGCUUCUAUGUGCAAAAUCAAUGAUGAUGACUCAGAGUCAUCACCAUCUUUGGCUCCAGAGUUGGAGCCUUUCUUUGACAGAACAGUCAUCAAAAGCGAGAAGGCGUUAGGGCUCAACUUCAGAACCAAUUGGACUGAGAUCUUAUCCCAAUUGUUCCCAAGUGAAAACAGCGACGGAAGAUGCUUGAAGCUUCUACCUUUCACUCCAAAGCUGGAGAAUCGGGUUCGAGGGGCAUUCGCGCUCACUGGAGAAGAUCUGGAGAAAUUAAGAAAUAGGGUGUUUUCCAAGUGGAAUAGUGUUGAUAUAGUUGAAGCAGAAUCAAAGUCGAACUCCAGAGUUUCUUCAACAACUCCAACCAAACUGUCGUCCUUUGUUCUAACAUGCGCUUAUACUUCGGUGUGCAUUGCAAAGGCCUACGCCGGAGUUGAAAAGGAGAAAAAUAAGUUUGCUUUUGGGUUCACUGUGGAUUGCAGGGCGAGAUUGGAUCCUCCAAUUCCUGAAAACUAUUUUGGGAACUGUGUGUCGGGGCUUUUGGUGGAUGCUAAGCCAUGGGAAUAUACAGAGGAAGAAGGGUUUGUCAUUAUUGCCAAAAGUAUUUAUAGUAAAAUAAAACAGAUGUUAGAAGAGGGUGUUUUUCAUGGGGCAGAUGGUCUGGCUUCUAGAUAUGUUAAUUUGGCCAAAGAGGGAGUUGAAAUCAUGGGAAUUGCUGGGUCUAACCGUUUUGGGGUUUAUGGGAAUGAUUUCGGGUGGGGAAAGCCUUCCAAGGUAGAGAUAGCAUCGAUUGAUAGAGCCUUAACAAUUGGAUUGGCAGAGAACAGAGAAGUGAAAGGUGGUGUUGAAGUUGAGGUUGUCCUGAAGAAACCUGUGAUGGACCUUUUUCAAUCUUUGUUCGCUGCAGGAUUGUCAGAUGAGUGA